CGGAAUAGGAUAUAAACAUCAAUCACCCAUUGCCACAAGCCCUUUCCUCUCUUCUUCUUUCCCUUCCCUUUCCCCCUUUUCUGCCCCCUUUCCCCCCCCUUCAAGUCACAUGAUGGAGACCCCAGAGACUAUCUCAAGAGGCGACACAGCCAAGACGGCUGAAGUCUGUUCAGCACACGGCAUUACGCCGAAAGAGUUCUCAGAGCUCCGUGAGCGUGCAGUUGCAGCCAAGGCCACAGCGUACUGCCCGUACAGCCAGUUCCGCGUCGGAGCAACGGUUCUCUCAAGCGAGGGUGAGCUCACGAGCGGCGCAAAUGUGGAAAACGCGUCGUAUCCUGUGGGAACAUGUGCAGAGCGCGUGGCCCUUGGUACAGCUGUGACAAGCGGUCAUCGUGGGUUCCGAGCCAUCGCUGUCGCAACUGAUAUUGCGCCACCGGCGAGUCCAUGUGGAAUGUGUAGACAGUUGUGAGUUUGUUACUGGGGAUGUCUUUGAGAGAGUAGACGAAGAUGAUGGAUUUGACUAACAGGUGAGUUGUGUGUUCUCGGUGAUGUAGUAUUCGCGAGUUUUGCACACUGGAUACACCCGUUAUCAUGUUCGAUAAGAAUGAGGAUUUUGUGAUUGCAAAGCUGCGACAGCUUUUGCCAAUGUCUUUUGGACCUGACCAACUUCCACCUCCGGGAGCACCAGGAACAAGAUAGGGGAAUAUUGAGACUUAUGAGUGUCUUGCAUAUUGUUGGAUAUGAAAGGAAUCAUGGCGAUAUCGUGUGAGAGCAUCUGAUCCUUGCGAGCGCGCCAGGAACUUAGGAUACUACAUCUUCUCUUAGCCUGCAUCUGUAUGUGUAUCAAUGGUCGAUAGACUGGGCUGCAUUGACGGGCGUUCCUUGAAUCGUAUGUAUGCGGCUGAUAUUGGAUGAUUCAUUUCAGGGCCAUCUGUGGCUGUUGGUAACGAGACGCGAGAUAUGAGAGCCCUUACAAUACAUACAUGAUGGUGAACCAACAGUGUUGCAAAUGAGAACCACGUCGUAGGACAUGUCAUACUGUGUCU